AAUCAAACUAGACUAGGACGUUGUGGCGGAAACGAUUCUUCCGGAACAGCUCUGAAGUAGACGUGUGACUGAAGUUAAUAAAAUACGAAUAAGAGACUGACCCCACUAAAACAAUAGAAGUAAAACAGCGAAGCACUUAAAGUGUAGCGUUUUGUCGAGAAUGCGAUUAGACUGUCCGCCUUGGUAGAAGGAGGUCCUUUCAACCCUCAAGUGGUGUUUACCUGCUUUAGCAAGACAGCUGCAAAACAAGACUAUGUCUGUGGUGUUCAGCAUCUGAGCCAGUGGGAAAAUGAUUUCAGUAGUGUGACUAAUAUGUCUGGCACAGCUGUUAGUGGGGUUGGCAACUCUACAGACAGCAAGUUGCAUAGUCAUGUAAGUGAUACUGCUGGAACCGGUGUCACAGAGAGUGCAACUGCUCUGCACAUUAAAGAGGAAGGACUGGAGUUCAGCAGUGAGAAUGCUGAAGAUGGGAGUGUUCCACCUCCAGAGGAACGCAAGCGCAAGAAAGGGCCUGCUCCCAAGAUGCUGGGUUCUGAGCUGUGCAGUGUAUGCGGUGAUAAAGCCUCGGGCUUCCAUUACAAUGUGCUGAGCUGUGAAGGGUGCAAGGGGUUCUUCCGUCGCAGUGUGAUCAAGUCAGCACAGUAUACCUGCAAGGGCAGUGGUUCCUGCAGCAUGGAUCCCUACAUGAGGAGGAAGUGCCAGGAGUGUCGUCUGCGCAAGUGUCGCCAGGCAGGAAUGCGAGAGGAGUGUGUAUUGUCUGAGGAGCAGAUACGCAUUAAAAAACAGAAGAAGGUUGAGGAAGAGAGCGGGGCAGGGCAUAGCCCUUCCGUGGUGCUGAACACAUCUCCUCACACCACCUUAAUGAGCUCAUUAACUCCAGAAGCUCCUCCAUUAACUCCCAGCCAGUCUGAUAUGAUCACACAACUUGUGGCAGCACAGCAGCAAUGCAAUAAAAGGUCAUUCAGUGAUCAGCCCAAAGUGACACCCUGGCCCCUUAAUGCUGAGCCCAAUAGUAGAGAGGCCCGGCAGCAGCGAUUUGCCCACUUCACUGAACUUGCCAUUAUCUCUGUCCAAGAGAUUGUUGAUUUUGCCAAGCAGCUACCAGGAUUCCUCGAUUUGUGUCGGGAAGAUCAAAUAGCACUGCUGAAAGCUUCAACAAUUGAGAUUAUGCUUCUAGAAACGUCACGUCGCUACAAUGCAGAGAAUGACUGCAUCACUUUCUUAAAAGACUUCACCUAUAAUAAGGAAGAUUUCCAGCGUGCAGGUUUACAAAUGGAGUUCAUUAAUCCCAUCUUUGAAUUUUCACGGGCUAUGCGAUGUCUUGCGCUAGAUGAUGCAGAAUAUGCUCUUCUUAUUGCCAUCUCUCUGUUUUCUGCCGACCGGCCCAAUGUCACCAAUCCAGAGCAGGUGGAAGGCCUACAGCAACCUUACGUGGAGGCUUUGAGAGCCUAUACAUGUAUCAAGCGGCCACAGGACCACCUGAUGUUUCCACGAAUGUUGAUGAAACUAGUAAGCCUUCGGACACUGUCAAGUGCACACUCGGAGCAAGUGUUUGCACUCCGGCUUCAAGACAAAAAGCUGCCACCACUACUUUCGGAGAUCUGGGAUGUUCAUGAGUGACUGGACAGAGUUUAUGGUUAUAUGGAAUGGUAACAAGAGGACUUGGAGGAAAGACUGAUAUUGGGCCAUACUUAGAAGCUGGAUGGCUAUGCAUCAGGAAAUUCGGAGGCUGGCUUCCUCUGUUAAAGUAUGGGGGUUGGGUGGGGGGAUCACUAAAAUGCUGUCUUCUGUUCUAAUCAAAAGAGAAUAGGUUUGUUUGAAUAGGUUUGUUUCUACCUUCAUGGUAUUGGUAUGGAUUCCCAAGAUUUUUCAAAUUUAAUAAGUCAAAUAUUCUGUCAGUAAUUAUAACAGCAACAGAUAUUUUUAACCUGCCCAAAAGAGCUAAACCUUUAAGUUUCUCUGCAUUAAUUAGAAUUUUAUACUUAAGAAAAAUGGGGUCUAGAUGAUUGUCAGUGGUUUUUAUUCUGUCUCAUCAGAAGCAUUCUGAUAUCUGCAGGGAAUUAAUUCCAUCUGAUGAUCUUAACUUUGCACUAUUUAUUAUCAUUAUAAAAGCUAAUUCAUUCAUUCAUGCACUCCUUAAAUCGCACUCAAAGGUAAAAUAGAUGAAGACAACUUGCAUUGGAACAUAGCAAGGUUGUUUAUAUAUGUAAAUAUUCAUCCAUUUUUCUGAACCCACUCUUUCUUAUAAAGACAAAAGUUGUUCAGUCAAGCAGUCCUAUGUCGGGCUCCAUGUUGAAGUAGCUAAACUCCAUUUGGCAUUAGACAGUGGCAAAGAUUUUUUUAUAAAAAAACAAAAAAUAAACAUGUUCAUCAAUCUCAUGAAUCCACGUUUUUCUGUUAUCAGAUGAUGUGAACUUGAAUUCUACUUCUGUAGCAGCAGUCACAAAUCAGGAAGUCCUCUCACUGUGUUGCCAAAUAAUCUAACAUAUAUAUUUUUUAAGAUGUGGAAUGGAAUUGGCAUACCUUGAUAAAGGGUAAAACGUGCAUAGUCCACAGUGAGUGACUUCGCCAGGAGUUGAUCCCAAAUUCAUGAAUCUUGGAAACAGGAGUGCCAACUAUUAUGCUGCUGUACUGUCCUUUAUAUCCUGAAAUUAAUUCAAAAAUUUUGGUGAAAGUGAAACUCUGUUUCAAGGGCACAUAAAUUGGUAUUCCUUGCUUCAGUAGAAGAUUUAUCUUUUCCUUUUUCAUAAACUUUAUUCAGCUAUAACAGGUGAUGUCUUCCUGACAAGAUUGUAUUUUAAGGAACCUGUUCUAAAACACCUUCCAUUUCUAAUAUGGUAAAUGUCUUCUCCCACACAUUUCCUUAUAUGUUAAUGUUCCUUUUCAUUUCACUCUGUUAUUUAUCCAGUAACUGACAAUCUGACUUAAAAAGCACUACUACUCAUUAUAACCAAAAAGCCACAACCCAUAACUUUGUUGUUUUUGUGUUUUUAACAUAAUCUCUUCCAUCAAUUUCAGCUUGCAAUAUUCAGUUAAACAUCCCUGGACUGAAAAGUCCACCUCCUUAGUAGAAUCGUCUUGCAGGUCUUGUGGAGGAAGCCACGGGAUGAACCAACAUAUGGAGCAGUGUUUAAAUGCACUUCUACAAUGGUAAUGAAAUUCCCUGUAUGUAAGCUUUAACAUUCACUAACCCUCUGUCACACAACAACACUCCUGACAGACUGAAAGGCAUUUAAAGAGAGUGUAACUUAGAGCACUUACAUGAUUAUAAGGAAAAGGGUGCACAACUGAGGUGUUGGUAUACACUGUCCCACCCCCACCUUUAUCAGGGUAAAGCUGGAAUAUGAUUAUUUGAUUUACACAAAUCUGCUGCAUUUGUGGGGUGGCAAUGUAAAUUCUACAAUUUUUAUUUAUUUAUUUUAAGGGAGGGUUCUGUCUUUUUUUAAUUCCAUACCUUCAUUUGUUCCAUUAUUAUGCCAAUGCUAUAUAUACUUGUGUUUUCAGUUCUUUAAGUACAGUCCAGAGUUUAGAAGAAAAAAAAACUUGUGUAAGUAUUAUAUCACAAUAAUUUGUGAACAAGAUAACAGUGAUUAAAUAUAGCUUGUUAUACAGUAGUUUACAAAAUUAUAAAUAAACAAGGUUUGAUAACGAUUCUCUGAAAUACACUGCCAAACAACACUAUGUUGUCAGUAUGACUAUUGCUGCUUUUAUUUUCAUUUUUGUGAGCUUCCCUAAAUGUAGUACCACUUCUAUGGAAAAGAUCCCUUUCUACUUAAAGCAGACAUCCAUAACCGAAGAAUGGAGGCUGCCUCAGCUUACUACAGAAACCAAAACUCCCCUCUUCAAAUAUUUUUUUCUUCUGUUGGGUAGAUUCACAGGCUAAUUUUUAUGUUCCAUUAAACUGAAAAAUGUAAAUAGCUUCAUUGUUUAAUUGAUGACUAAUAAAUAGUUAAAGGAGCUAUUAAUGCAAUUGUGUCAAUUUGUAGAAUAUUUAAAGAUUUCUGUUUCAACUGUAAUAAAAAAUUGAGGGAAAAAUUUUGGAUUUUCCCAUUGAAUAAACUAAAAA